GCACUUUCCACGGAAUGCUCACGAUCCCGUCCGCAUACGUACCGUGUGCAUGUAUUGUGCACUCCAGCAGGUUCGCACCCUUCGCACCAUUUGCAUCGCACGAGAGGAUAUUAAGCUCCAUCACUCUCGUAAGCGAUAAGCACAUGGAUGAAUUUAUUUUAUCUUCCCUAGCGAGACUGUUUGAUGGUUGAUAAGCGAUGGGUGGUAGUCCAGCUUCCAGAUUAUUUUAAUGAAUCACUCGUCAGAUAAACCUUGGCUUGAGAAGAGUUCAGGUCGCUUUUCGAUUAGAACGAGAUAUAAUUACUUGAUGUUGAAAUUUAAAAUUAGUUCAAGUGAAUUUUGGAAACAUGGUAUCAAAUAAAGUGCCGCCUGAUGGCGGUUACGGGUGGAUGAUUGUAAUUGGCUGUGCUAUUAUCAAUGUCUUCAACCAAUCUCUAAUAUCCGUGUUUGGUUUAAUGUUUGGUGAUUAUCUCACGGCUAUGGGUGAGAAUGCGUUUGGUGCAGCGCUUGUCAUGAACGUGUGCAACAUUUCACUGAACUUUUCAGGCCUUAUAACGGGACCGAUAAUUAAAAAGUUCAAAACUAGAAAAGCUUCCAUUUUAGGUAGCUUGUUAACAGGAGUAGCCCUAGCGACAUGCGCGUAUGCAACACAAAUGUGGCAAAUCUUGCUGUCUUAUAGCGUAGCAUUUGGAUUUGGGUUGGGUUUGAUACAGUCAUCUACUUUUGUUGCGAUAAAUUCUUAUUUCCGAAACAAUAAAGGAAAGGCGGUUGGGCUAGCUCUCGCUGGGACCGGCAUAGGUCAAAUUCUAAUGCCACUACUUGUUCAGUAUUUGCUUGAUAUUUUUAGCUUUAGAGGAACUACUUUGAUAAUUGGUGGAUUAGCUUUCAAUGGGGUGGUUGGUGCUGCUCUUCUACAACCUGUUGAGUGGCACAUGAGAGUUCAAAUGAAUGAUGAAUUCGAUGAGCGGAUACCACUUUUAGAUAAUGCUAAGACCUCUUCGAAUACAUCUAAAAAAUCAGAUAGUGGCUGGUCGAAACUCGCUGCGUUAAUGGAUGUAGCAAUACUUAAACGGGUGUCUUUUCUCAAUUUAGUAAUAGGUCUAGGGUUAGCAUAUACAGCAUCGACAAGUUUUUCGUUAUUCUUUCCAUAUUUUCUGCAGAAAACAGCAAACCUGGACAUGUUUCAAGCAGCAAAUUGUAUGUCUAUUUUAUCGACAACAGAUCUACUAACCCGCAUCACAGUGCCAGCUUUUGUGGACAAGAUGAAGUUUUCACACAGAAAUACUUUUCUCAUGGCUGGAUUGUGUCUAGUCAUCGCCCGAUCCAUUAUGGCAGAAAUGCGGAAUAUUGUUGCGCUGAUGGUGACGUCCGCUUUCUACGGAAUAUUCCGCUCUAUAACGAUCGUGAAUCAGAAUCUCACUAUCGCUGAAUAUUGCAGCGAAAAAGGACUGGAAUCAAUGCUGCCAAAUGCAUUGGGAUUUAAUAUGAUUGCAAAAGGCAUUUUAGUGUUGAGUUUAGGGCAGCUGCUUGGAUGGUUCGUAGAUUAUACUGGUAGUUACUCGUUAAAUUUACAUGCACAAAAUUUGUUGCUUGUUUCGACGUGUGUCUUAUGGUUGUGUGAGUUAUAUUUCAAGUAUAAAGAUUAGUAUAUAUAUUUUAAAGCUUCAAACACUGGAA